AUGGCCGGACCAGACCAACGAGCGAAAAACAGGGAAGAAAUCGUGCGGAAGAUCAACGCAGGAUUAAACCCUCGUGAGAUUGAUUUCAGUGUCGAAGCAUGCGGUGCUAUCCGCGUCAAUCGAAUAUUUCCUGGGAAAGUUUCAGAGCUCAGCAAGAGUAUCAUGGCCGAAAUCUUCUACGAGACGGGAAUACCAGAGGAUCAUGAUAGCGAGUGCUGGAACGUUAUGAGGCUGAGAAUCGGGAUGGGGAGGCUCCUUCAAAUAACAAAUCUCCAACGACAUGUCACUUGGCGCCAUAUAAUGUCCAAAUACGUCAAAAUGAAACAUGACCGAGCAGUGACCGGUAUGCCUACCUGUAUGCCAGCAACCGACCUUGCUUUUAUCAUUGCCGCUGUCGUGUUCCGCGGGAUCCGACCGGAGCAAACAACGCCCAUUGAGCACAAGAUCAGUUUUCUUGAAUUCUUCGGCCACCUCAACGGCAUGCAGUGGUUGCCCAUCGCUAUUCAAGUCUACGACCAAAUAAAGGAAUGCCCGUUCGCCAUUGAGCUUAACCAGAAAACGACCGUACCCAUGGUUCGUCGAGAGAGGAUUAGUAUCUACGUCACGAUUGUCACGGCCAAGAAGCCUGAGACAAAUAUUUACGAGGCUGCUAUGCAAGAGGUUACUCGGCGAGUGAUCGGGAUAGGCGACAAUAUCAUCUCCGACCACAGCCUCAAUAUCAAAGACCAAAUUCGAAAGUCGAUCGAAAAUGAGGAGUGUAACCAGCCUUGGGAAGCUGUUAAGGCGGUUGAAUUUCAAUCUUUUUCAUCUGACCAGCCUCAAGAGUUGGUUGGAAAGGUUGAAUGUCAUCAUGUCCCUUUAGAGUCCGUGCCACCUAGCAUUGAGAAGCAGAGUCUCGACCACAAAACUCAGCACGAAAAGGAUCUUGAGUCCCAACCUGAUAUUCAACUCACCUCGAACACGCUUCGAGAUCAUGCUCGUCAGAUGAAAGAAUUUGGGAAGCGCUUGUCCAGCCCCGAUCAGAAGUUCGUUAGGCGGGUACGACGAGACAUUCGGCGAUUCGCCAACCUCGCUGACGAGAAAGAAAACGAAAUGGCGCUCGAGCACGCAUCAGCGACAUCCAGACCUUCAUCCUCAAGUGGAUUUGGUCCCGAUGCGGAUAGAAGCGUCGACCUUUUCGGUCGCUACAAGAUGCUUUGGAAGGGCAGCCUCCGAGAGACUGGCUCCAUCCCAGAAAGCCUUCGCGAGCUGGUCCGUUAUGACUGCGACCCGAAUCAGAUCUUCUACCUCGAGGAGACUGAAGCAGACUUUCUGGCUACAAAUUCCAUGAAAAACAAUGAGAAUGAACGUUGA